GUACUGUACCAACCAAACACGGUCAUCCAUAGUCCAUCCAAAACUCCAAACCAAGCUGCCCAAGCACCUACCCUGGACCCCCUCUCCUCCAAUCCCCAAAGAUGCUCUCCUCCUCCGUCUCCAUUAGCACCCCUUGUCCCGCGCUUCCUCGCCGGCGGUCAGCACCCCAAGAACCAUGCUCUUGUCUCCACCAGCAGCUCCGUCGCUGAAGCCCGUCCCCCUGAAUCGACGGCUCCCGCAGCGGCAGCUAGGAGUCGGCAGGUUCUUGCUGCCCCGGAGGAGGCCAAGAAACCUGCGGUCUCUUGGCGUGUGCAUGGCGGAGAUGGCCAGGGUCGGGAGCGGGUCCUCGCGGGAGUUCGGCGUCACAGAGGAGAGCGACGCGAUUCUGGGAGGGGGAGGCGGGGCUCGUCGAGGCGCGACUAGGUGGGGGCUCGUCGAGGCGAGGCUGAACCGCACGAGUAAAUGGCUGAUCGCUGGCUGUUAUGCUUCUGCAGCCCUUUGGAAGCAUGAUGCUCUUAUUAUGUGGGCUAUGAGUGGUUCUGUUUUAAACUCUCUGUUUUCUCAACUUCUUAAACGGAUGUUCAAUCAUGAAAGGCCUUCACCUGCUUUGCGGUCUGAUCCUGGAAUGCCAUCAUCCCAUGCUCAAUCUUUUCUCUAUGCUGCCAUGUUUCUAAUUCUUUCAUUGUUCUACUGGCUCGGGAUAACUUAUCUGUCAAUUAUUCUUGGGGUUGCAACUCUAGCACUGAGCAGUUAUCUUUCGUGGUUACGAGUGUCGCAGCGUCUCCAUACACUGAACCAGGUUCUUGUGGGUGGCAUAGUAGGAGCAGCUUUUGGUGCUUCGUGGUUUGUGUUUUUUCAGUUGGCCGUGCGGGAGGCAUUCGCUUCUUCGCUCCCUGUUCGGAUUGCGGUCACCGCCGGGUCAGCAGCAUUUUGCAUCGGCUUUGUCAUCUAUGUCAUUCGCAAUUGGUUCAAGGAUGAAUAGCGGAUGUACAACCGCAAUAGCCAAUAGGUGAUUGAUAGAGACACAGAGGCUUGGUCAUGGAAGGCUCUGUAUCUGUGGGAAGAUCAUGCUGGAAUUAUUUGGGAGGUAGUUCGCAAGAUACCUGACAGAUAGCAACCUCAGUUGGUUUUUGUCAUUUUUGCUGCAGGAUAGUCACAGCACUGAUUCUUGUAAUACACAAAAAAGUCUUGAAAUUACGUGAUAUGAUUUCUUUCACGCAAUGAUAACGAUGCCCUUGUUUUGUUUCCCUCGACAUUUUCCUUCUCACUGAUGUACCGGAGACCCUCACAGAUGAUUAUGAA